AUGGAGCAGUGGCACGGUGGAGCAGUGGCACGGUGGAGCAGUGGCACGGUGGAGGAGUGGCAAGGUGGAGCAGUGACAAGGUGGAGCAAUGUCACGGUGGAGCAGUGGCAAGGUGGAGCAUUGGCAAAGUGGAGCAGUGACAAGGUGGAGCAGUGGCAAGGUGGAGCAGUGGCAAGGUGGAGCAGUGGCAAGGUGGAGCAGUGUGGCAAAGUGGAGCAGUGGCAAGGUGUAACAGUGGCACGUUGGAGCAUUAGCACGGUGGAGCAUUGGCACGGUGGAGCAUUGGCAAAGUGGAGCAGUGGCAAGGUGGAGCAGUGGCAAGGUGGAGCAUUAGCAAAGUGGAGCAGUGGCAAGGUGGAGCAGUGGCAAGGUGGAGCAUUAGCAAAGUGGAGCAGUGGCAAGGUGGAGCAGUGGCAAAGUGGAGCAGUGGCAAGGUGUAACAGUGGCACGUUGGAGCAUUGGCACGGUGGAGCAUUGGCACGGUGGAGCAUUGGCAAAGUAGAGCAGUGGCAAGGUGGAGCAGUGGCACGGUGGAGCAUUGGCACGGUGGAGCAGGGCCAAUGUGAAGCAGUAGGUACAUGGAGCAGUGGCGAGGGGAGCAGUGGCAAAGUGGAGCAGUGGCAAGGUGGAGCAUUGGCAAGGUGGAGGAUUUGA